AUGAUAGACCUCGCCAGAAGCUUCGACGCUGUGAGGACCGUUAUCGAGGUUCGAGCUGGAGGGGAAUGCAAAGAUAGCAAAUCGUGCGUGAAUAAUGCCACGUGCAGAGGAACUGCUGAGAAUUUACAAUGCCUGUGCGAUGCCGAAUUCGUGGAAGAAGCUGGACUCUGCAAGGUUCCAGAUGGAGGGGAAUGCAUGGAAGCGAGCGAUUGCGUCGACGAUGCCCUCUGGACGGGAACUGAUGGAAAUCGACGGUGUGCGUGCAACGCUUCGUUCGUGGCGGACGCGGGACUCUGCAAGAUACCCAACGGAGGCGAUUGCAUGCAAACGAGCGAGUGCGUGAGUAACUCCAGCUGCACGGGAACUGGAAACACUCGGCAAUGCGAGUGCGACGUUGGAUUUGUGCCAGAUGGAGGAUCUUGUAAGGCCACGGUCGGAGUGGAAUGCACGGACACGAGUUCGUGCGUCUUAAAUGCAUCUUGUCUGGUCGUUGGUGGCAAUCGACGAUGCGCUUGUGACCUGGGAUUCGUGGAAGAGGAAGGACUCUGCAGACGCCCCAAACUGGGCGAAGAAUGCGAUCCAGACGGGGAUCCAGCUUGCGAACCCAUCCUCAAUGGAGGAGAAUGCCUUUCGAAUGGAGGGGGCUCACCCACAUGCCAGUGCCAGAGUGGAUACGUGUCAGACGAUGGCGCCUGCAAAAAGCCAUUGGAAGGAGAAUGCAAAGACUCCAUAGACUGCGUAUCGAAUGCUGCAUGUAACACUGACUCAAAGUGUGAAUGCAACCCAGGUUACAUACCAGAAAAGACUACUGGCUUGUGCAGGAAGGUGAAUGCAAGCCUCCACGAGGAUUGUGACCCAGGGGAAGGUGCAUGUAUAAGUCCCAAUGCUGCAUGUGUUGGCGAUCCAGGCUUGGAAGCCUGCACUUGCAAACCAGGAUUUGUGGACAAUGAAGACAGCUGCAGACUUCCCAGUUUAGGUGAAGACUGCAUUCCUGCACCGGGACCUGGAUGUGAAGAAAUCCCUAACGGGGAAUGUCUCGGUAAUGAAGGAGGCCUUGCUACAUGCAAGUGUUUGAACGCAUUCGUGGAAGAUGGAGGCGCCUGCUAG